ACUCUCUACAGAGAGAGAGAGCGAGAUAGAUAGAGAUGGCAACGAUGAUGAUGCAUCAUCGUUUUCAAAUCUUGAGGAAUUCAUCUCCAAUCCUCAGUUAUUCGUUAUUACCAAAAUACCCUUCUUCUUCUUCCUUCUUUCGCCGUACUCCUCCUUGCUCUUACAAGAAUCAUCAUCAUCAUCAACUCAAGUUCUUCUCCAAUCGCCAGUUCUCCACCUCCACUACCCCUCUGUUCUGCUCCAAAUCUUCUUCAGACCUAAUUUCCGAGGUUGUGGUGCAGAACAAGACGUCUAUAGUUGGGGACUUGCUGGAUUAUCUGAACGAGUCAUGGACUCAUUUCCAUGCUACUGCUGAAGCAAAGAAACAGCUAUUAGCUGCUGGGUUUCAUUUGCUAAAUGAGAGUGAGGAAUGGGACCUUAAACCUGGUGGUCGUUACUUCUUUACUCGGAAUAUGUCUUGUUUGGUUGCAUUUGCGGUCGGAGAAAAAUACACUGCAGGUAAUGGUUUUCAUGCAAUUGCUGCUCACACUGAUAGCCCGUGUCUGAAACUGAAGCCCAAGUCUGCAUCGUUGAAAUCGGGAUAUCUUAUGGUCAAUGUACAAACUUAUGGAGGUGGUUUAUGGCAUACAUGGUUUGAUAGGGAUUUAAGUGUCGCUGGAAGGGUUAUAGUCAAAGCUGGUGAUGGGUCCUACGAGCAGAAGCUUGUGAAAGUUAAGAGGCCUUUGUUACGAGUUCCAACAUUAGCUAUCCAUCUUGACAACACAGUAAACAAGGAUGGGUUCAAAAUAAACCUAGAGACUCAGCUCAUUCCACUUCUUGCAACAAAGUUGGAGGAGCCAUCUACGGAGUCCAAGGAUAAGGCAAAAGUGUAUCAUCAUCCACUGCUAAUGCAGAUUUUGUCAGAUGAGCUGGGCUGUGGAGUUGAAGAAAUCUUAGGCAUGGAGUUGAAUGUUUGUGAUACCCAGCCCAGCUGCCUUGGAGGUGGAAACGAUGAAUUUAUUUUUUCUGGUAGACUGGACAACCUUGCUUCAAGUUUUUGUGCAUUGAGAGCUCUAGUUGAUUCUUGCGUGUCACCUGGAUCUUUGGCAAGUGAACAGGCUAUCCGGAUGGUUGCUUUAUUUGAUAAUGAAGAGGUGGGAUCUAAUUCAGCACAAGGAGCUGGUGCACCUACAAUGUUUCAGGCCAUGAGACGUAUAGUUGGUUGCUUGGGUAACGAGUGUGCGCGUGAGGGCGUUUUUGAGCGUGCACUUCAUCGAUCUUUCCUCGUUUCUGCUGACAUGGCUCAUGGGGUUCACCCAAAUUUUGCUGAUAAACAUGAAGAAAACCACCGGCCAGAAUUACACAAGGGGCUUGUCAUCAAACACAACGCAAAUCAACGCUACGCCACCAGUGGAAUAACAGCUUUUCUAUUCAAAGAAGUUGCUAAGAUGCAAAACCUUCCUACCCAGGAAUUUGUGGUGAGGAACGACAUGGGAUGCGGCUCAACUAUUGGCCCCAUACUUGCUUCAGGGGUUGGCAUCCGUACUGUAGAUUGUGGUAUUCCACAGCUUUCGAUGCACAGUGUAAGAGAAGUAUGUGGAAAAGAAGAUGUUGAUAUUGCUUACAAGCAUUUCAAAGCAUUUUACCAGACAUUUUCUAGCAUCGACAAGAAGCUAAGCGUCGAUUAAUUCCCUGGUUCUUCUUUUUAAAUCUUUCAACCAUUUUUAGUGUUCUUGAUUAAUUAAAAAGACUACAUAAAACACUUCAUAUUUCAUUUCUAUGUCUUCUUCUUAGAUAACAUCUUUGUAGGUCAGCUUAACUUGAUGAUUACAUUAACAACCCCCC